AUGCAUAUCUCCAUCUCCCUCAUUGCCCCGGCGCUCUUGCGGCUUGCCGCAGCGGCAUCAUGCCCUGCUUCAGGAUCUCCAACCUAUCCCGAGGCCACUGACAAGAACACCGCCUUGAUCCCUUUUGUCAAUACACUUCCCCUGAUAGACGCAACCCCACUGCUCGACUUCAACGUUGCCGCUGAAGUGGACUCGGCAAUCAAGACGCUCUCAUUCCCCUCGACUGGCAUGGACACUGGUUCCACCGGGAUCAUGAUCGGCGCCGGCCGGUUCAGCAUCAAUAAGGACUCCAAGUUCAACAUGACCAACCCCGGAACGGAGUACCUCUCUUCCAGCCAGAGGCUGUGGGAGGGAUACUGGGUCGAAGCCGACAUCACAUUCCCCGUCACGCCUGAUACACGACGCGCGCUAAGCAAAGACGUCGUCGCAAGGGUGCCUAUCAUGAUCGUGACCAAGGCUAGCAUAUGCACAACAUGGAAGGCGAACGGCGGCAAAUGCACAGAUGCACAGAAGACGAACAUUGAGGAGUACCCGAAGGACAUCACCGCGAGCGGUGCCUAUGUGGGUGUCGGCUUCGGGCGAUCUAGCGACGAACAGCCUCAGGCCCUGCCUGAUAAGGUUGCCUUGAUCAACAUUGUUUCCAUCGGCGGUCAGACGGUCGAAGACAUGCACCAGGGAUACAUCCUCACCGAGAAGGGCGUUGAGGUCGGCCUGACGAGUGCCAACACUGAAGGCUUCUGCACCACUAAGCUCGGCCUCAUGACUUCCAACAAACCAAGGGACUGGACCCCGCCCAAUGCGGCUAUCAGCGUCAACAGCACGUCUUACGACCACGGCACCGCUCUCUUGGACACCGGCAUCCCGCAGUCAUACGUGCGCGUAAGCCAGGAGAUGUACAAGAACACAAGAACCAUCAGGUCAAAGUACAUGCCGAAGCACCCCAGAGUCCUGGUGAAGGGAACCCGGGUGCUUGUCGCCAUCCCCGACGAGAAGAAUCCGAUUGCUAUCUACGACGUCACUUCUCAGGGUGCUGGCGCGCCCCAGGCUGGGACAAUGCAGCCAGCGGGUUUCGUCAGGGAGAACUACACUAUCCCGUCAAGCCCGUUCAUCAACACUGGAAGGAUGAUCUACAGCAAGUUUGAUGCCAUGCUUGACGCUGACUGUGGCUGGUUCGGAAUGGCUGAGCGUUCGGUCAGCACCAAGAAGAUGAAGAAGAGGGCAGCAUGCCCUGCACCUGCAUCGGGGGCUAAAUGA